ACACGACGUACAUUGCUGAUUCAUUACAAAGAUAAACUUGUUUGAUACAUAAGUCUUAAAGACACUAAAGUGUAUAAAGUUAUGUACUGAAUGAAAGUAUCAUUCUAAUCACAGUGUAGAAUAGCGAAAAAAUAAGAAGUAAAAAUUGGUUAAUAUCCGCAUUAAUAUCUACUUGAUAACUUGAAGGUUAAUAGAUUAUUAUCGAAGUUUAUAAAUACGAAAUCACUUGAUACUAUUUAUCUAAAAUCAUGGAUAACUCUCGUAACCAUUUACUAGAAUUAAUGCAAAUGCCGAAUUUUUGGCCGAUGUUAAUUCAGAGCCUUACAUCUUUAAAUUCACAACAGUCCAAUGAACAACAACCACAUUGUUCAACAUCAAAUCCAAUAAUGAAUAAUAUACCCCCACAAAUGAAUGGUCAAACAUCAGUUCCUCCUAGAAAACUAACAAAAAAGGGACAACCUUUUCUGAAGAAAUUAACAAAUGAUCAAAAAGUUUUAUUGAAGUACAUGUAUUCCCGAGAUAAAAAUUUUAACAAAAACCGAAAAUUAGCUUCCAAACUUGGAAUUACUGAAGGUCAACUCCAAAGGUGGUACCAACGAAAAGAAAAAGAAGAAAAACAAAAAAAUAAUGUUAAUAAUUUAGACAAAAGGCUCGUCAAUUUAAGUGAAAAAAUAACAGAAUUAACACAAAAUGUUGAAAAUUUGCAAGGUACUGUCGAAGAAUCUGAUAUGUCUAGUGAGGAUGAUUUAGAUUAGAUGGAGUUUUCUCGCAAAUAAUAAAAUACAUCUCUGUUAUUGAAUUCGGAUAAUCUUCAAAAAAAA